GCAGUAAUACCUACUAGGCGCCAGUCCCUCACUCUCUCUGCGUGGUGCCUCUGCGUGCCUUCUCCUCACUCUCGGCCCUGCGAAGAAGAGGAACACGAUCCAGACAAAGAACCGCCACCCCUGGCGACACUCGCUAGCAUUUCGCGACCGCAAUCCUCUGCUCUACCCUGCUCUGCCCGCUCUCUGCGAGCACCACGCCGUCAGAAUGGCCUGGCAACCGACCCAGGAGUCCCUGCAGACUCUGGCAGGAUGUCUCAAGGACUCCCUGAGCGGCUUUAACAAGGACGCGCAGAAGCGCGCCGACGAGAUGCUAGCCCAGGCGAAAGCAUCGCCCGAUAUUAACAACUACCUCGCCUUCAUAUUCUCGUCAGCCGACUCCCUGCCCGGCCUCCAGAUCACGCCAGGAGACCUGCACCUCGUGCGCAGCGCCGCGGGCAUCAUGCUCAAGAACAACAUCAAGGCCGAUUUUAAGCAGAUCCCCGAGUCCAGUCUAGACAUGGUCAAGCAGGCCGUCCCCAUCGGCAUCCAGGAUAAGAACAUCCAGAUCCGGAACUUCGCCGGCAACAUCGCCACGGAGCUGAUACGGAGGGGCGGCCUGUUCAGCUGGCCCAGCCUCCUGCCCCAGCUGCUGGAUCUAUUCAGCAACGAAAACGGCCAGGUCUCCCCCGAGGGCCAGGAGGGUGCCAUCUCGGCAAUGGCCAAGAUCUGCGAGGACAACACCAAGGUCCUGGAGCGCGAGCACAACGGCCAGCGGCCCCUCAACUUUCUCCUGCCCAAGCUGAUCGAGGCCACCAAGAGCCCGCUGCCCAAGGUCCGCACGCAUGCGCUAACUGCCAUAAACGUCUUUACGCCGCGCAAGUCCCAGGCCAUGCUCACCUCGAUCGACACCCUUCUGCAAGCCCUGUUUGACCGUGCUGGCGACCCCGAUGUCAAUGUGCGCAAGGAGGUCUGCCGUGCCUUUGUGCGCCUCGUCGAGACCCGACCGGACAAGCUGCAGCCACACAUCGCUGAUCUUGUGUCGUACAUUAUCAGCCAGCAGAAGAGCGAGGACGAGGAGCUGGCGGUCGAGGCCUCCGAGUUUUGGCUUUCGGUCGGCGAGCACGACAACCUCUGGAAGCUGUUGGAGCCGCACAUUCACCAGAUCAUUCCAGUCCUGCUCGAGUGCAUGAGGUAUAGUGGCGAGGAUAUUGCGCUGCUGGGCGGGGCUUCGGAUGACGAGGACGAGGAGGACCGCGAGGAGGACAUCAAGCCCCAGUUCGCGAAAAAGACGCUGAAGCGGGCCGUGAACGGCGAGGUUGCUGCGGGCGACGAUUCCAAGGAGGGCGCCGAGUACCAGAAGCUCGAGGGCAUGACUGACGACGCCGAAGAAGGAGAGGUCGAUGACGAUGAUGCCGACGGCGACGAGAAUCCCGACGAGAGGUGGACGGUCCGGAAGUGCUCCGCCGCCGCGCUGGAUGUGUUCGCACGCGACUUCAAGGCGCCCGUCUUCGCGUGCAUCCUCCCAUACCUCAGCGAAAACCUGAAGCACGAGGAAUGGCCACACCGAGAGGCUGCCGUCCUGGCACUCGGCGCUGUUGCCGACGGCUGUGUUCAGGUUGUCACUCCACACCUCCCCGAGCUCAUCCCCUACCUGAUCUCACUCCUCAACGACGCCGAGCCCGUCGUGCGCCAAAUCACCUGCUGGACUCUGGCGCGGUACUCGGGCUGGGCCGCCCACCUCGCGGACCCCAGCCAGAAGGCCACCUACUUCGUUCCCAUGAUGGAGGGCAUCCUAACCAAGAUGCUGGACAAGAACAAGAAGGUCCAGGAGGCAGCCGCGUCCGCCAUGGCCAACCUCGAGGAGAAGGCGGGCAAGGUGCUGGAGCCGUACAGCGGGCCUAUCAUCACCCAGUUCGUGCAGUGCUUCCAAAAGUACAAGGACAGGAACAUGUACAUUCUCUACGACUGUGUCCAGACGCUCGCCGAGAGCAUUGGCCCUGUCCUGGCCACGCCCGAGCUUUCGAGCUCUCUGAUGCCCGUGCUGAUUGACCGAUGGCAAAGGGUCUCGGACCAGUCGCGCGAGCUGUUCCCGUUGCUCGAGUGUCUUUCCUACGUGGCAAUGGCCCUCGGGGACACCUUCUCGCCCUAUGCGCCUCCUAUCUUCCGCAGGUGCAUCAACAUCAUCCACCAAAACCUCGAGCAGUCGCUGGCUGCCAAGAGCAAUGUCAGCUUUGACCAGCCCGACAAGGACUUCCUGGUCACCAGCCUGGACCUCUUGAGCGCCGUCAUCCAGUGCCUUGUGGACAAGAAGGCCGCCGAGCUUGUGACAGAGGCGCAGCCUGCAUUCUUCGAGCUCCUGAGCUUCUGCAUGGAGGAUCCCGCCGACGAGGUCCGGCAGUCAGCCUAUGCCCUGCUGGGCGACUGCGCCAAGUUCAUCUUCCCGCAGCUGCAGCCGCACCUGGCUACUCUGUUCCCGAUCCUGCUCAAGCAGCUUGACCUGGACAACAUCUUGGAUGAGGAGAUAGACAACGGUUUCAGCGUGGUCAACAACGCCUGCUGGAGCGCCGGUGAAGUCGCACUGCAGCACGGCAAGGGUAUGGCACCCUUCGCGUUGGAGAUGCUUCAACGCUGCGUCGAGAUUGUGUCGAACCCAAGGGUUCCCAAGAGCGUGUCGGAGAACGCAGCCAUCGCGCUGGGCCGCCUCGGCAUCGAAAACUCGGACGUCAUGGCGCAGCACUUGGAUGCCUUUGCUCGGGACUUCCUCAGCGCCAUGGACGAGGUUGAUCCUUCCGAGGAGAAGGCGACGGCCUUCAAGGGCUUCGCCGCCACGGUCGUAAAGAACCCUCAGUCCAUCGAGGGUGACAUCCCCCACCUCUUCACGUCCAUCGCCAGGUACUCUGACCUCGUGCACCUGCGAAACCCCAUCAAGCAGGAGCUGCACGAUGCCUUCAAAAACGUCAUCAACGUCUACCAGCAAAUCAUCCCACAGUUCGACUCAUUCCUCGGCCAGAUGGAUCCGCAGGACCAAGCCAACCUCAAAUCCAUUUACGGUAUAUAGCCAGCUGCUAUAGCUCAGGUUUUGAUGGCCGAGUAUCCGAGCUCGCCAUCGCAGGUGGCAGAGAUGGCCUUUGCGGGCCCCAAACCCGGCCCAACGUAGAUAGUCUCCUCUUUUUUUUCUGAUCUUUCGCCUUAUUCCACAUCCCAGGCAGUCAUUAUCUGUCCUGCUUCCGGGACACGCGGUAGCCUUUGCACUCUCUGUCUCGAAAAAAAAACAAGGGGGAUGGUUAUCAAGGACGUGACCCAAGGGCGUUCGGAUGUCUUUGAAGGCUUUACCAUCUGAACACCUCGCGCUUUUCUCUUCCGGUUUUGAGCGAUGACCAUCUAAUGCAGCGUAAUGGCCGGGCGAUGUUGAUGGUUCUGGAAAGAUGAUAUUGGCGGAGGAGGACUUCUCACGAGCUCGACUUCCUUCUCCCAUGUCUUCCUUUCCCCGUUUGCGUCGCUCCUAAGAAGCUGCGGGCGGAAGCACCAAGCGAUACGGCCCGGCAUAGUCUGUGUUGGCUUGGCCUCGGUUGUCCGCCUGGGGUCUCGACGGUUCCAUGUUCAAGAGGCCACAAACAGGCGGGUCAGAAAGUCUAACAAGCGGGAGGGACCGUGGCGAUUUCUGGAAGGGUGAACAACAAUGGACAUGUCGGCAACGAUGGGCUUGGGAGACGAGAACCAUGGGCUUCCCAAGGCAAGAGAUGUGGAUGGAUCUCUGGAGUCGUCACGUCGACCGGUUUUCCUGUCAUUCCACCCGUUUUUUUUCAUUUUAUCUUUUACCUGCCCCAUCAAAGGCAGCCCGUGCUCGGCGCAAGAUGUUACUGGCUGGCUGGCUUCCCGAGGAGGAAUUUAAGGAAAACAGAACAAGACCGCCUAGGCUUGAUAAAGGCGCACAAGGAGUGCGGCCAUGUUAUCACCUAUCCCCGGUCUUGUUGUAAGCUCUCGUUUUGAGUUUCAAGCAGAAGAAAGAGCGAAGCC